AGAAAGAGAUCUCUUCAACUUAGUUGAUAAUUAAAUCGGACUUAUAGAACGACGGAGGUUGGAAUAGUCGUUAUCGGAACCCCGCUUAUAAUGACGAUAAGACCUCAUUCAUUUCUGCGAAGCCUGGAAUAAUACGCCGUGCUUAUCGCCCAAGACACAUACCUACCGCUAUCCACACUUGAGAAGAAAAGGUUGGCACAAAAUACAUUCAUACUUCAUGUAACUUUCCCCUAGAUAGAUACCUACCUACUUAGGCAAUAUAGAUUGAAGUAUCAUAUCCUAUACACUCAAUUACAUGUCCCUUCUUCAAACCAGGAUUGGGAAACCGUAAUUAAGGAUGCGAUCAUCUAGCCUAUCCUGUUUGCUUGCGCUUAGCAGCAUAGGAUACGCAACUCCGUACUCGAGCAAGCUGCACAAAAACACAGCUCUUGCUAUUAUCGACGUUCAGAACGACUUUAUCAAUGGCUCGUUGGCUAAUCCACGAGCCCCUGUGAUUCUGCCCAAGAUCUACCAGCUUCUGGACAAUCACGAAUGGCCCUUCAUCGUUGCUUCUCAAGACUGGCACCCACAUGGACACGUCUCAUUCUUCUCAAGCCAUCCGGGUAAAGUGUCCGGGGACACGGUGAACGACAGCUUCGUGGACACACCCACGAAGAUCGAGAUCCAGAUGCUGUACGCAGACCACUGCAUUCCAGAGACCUGGGGCGCCCAGAUCGAGAGCGGCGUCCAGACGCGGCUGCAUCUGAUCGAGGGGUACCGGAGCCCCGUCAACUACAUCAAGAAAGCGCAGGACCACCGCGUGGACUCGUACUCCGCCUUUGCGGAUAACCAGUACCACCGAUUCACGACUCUGCACUCGGAGCUAGGCCUGCACAGCAUCGAAACCCUUGUCGUCACUGGGCUCCUGACCAAUGCGUGCGUGCGCGGCACGAGCAUCGACGGGAUCAAGCUGGGCUACGAGGUCAUCCUUAUCGAAGACGCCACCGAGUCUACGAGCGCCGCGGACAAGGCGGCUGCGAUUGAGGAGCUGGAGGGUUGGGGCGUGCAGGUUAUGAAUCUGACGACUUGGGAGAAUGCGAAUCCCACGCCAUCCAAGUUAAGGAUGAGAAGCGAAUUGUGAUCUAGCUCGUGUCGAACUAAUCUAGCAUCAAACAAAGGUUACGCUUUAGAUAGCUCAGAUAAUAAUUAAUGAUAUCAAUAAAUAAUUGAGGGUAAAAAAAAAAGUAUGUUGAAAUGGAAAGGGGGUAAAAAGGGGUUGACCACCCCAAGAAAAAGUUUGAUCUGGCCGUCGAGGGAAUCGAACCCUCGAGCAGGCGCUCACCAGGGAAACUAGAGCCAUAGCAAUGAGACCAAUUGUAAGCACCGCCAUGCC